AUGAUUCGAGGUACAGUUUCACUCCAAGGACAUGUUAUUCCAGUUUUAUUUGAUUCUGGUGCUACGCAUUCUUUCAUAUCUGUUGGGUGUGUUAAGAAGUUUGAUUUUCAUGUGAUUGACUUACCUUAUAAUUUGAGAGUUUCUACACCUGCUGUGGCUACAGUCAUGACUUCUCAAGCAUACUUAAAUAUUGCCCUUCGAUUUGAGAAUCGUGAUUCUGUGAUUGAUUUGAUUUGUUUUCCGCUUAAAGGUAUUGAUAUGAUUAUUGGCAUGGAUUGGUUGUCAGCUAAUGAUGCCAUCCUUUACUGUAAGAAGAAACUUGUGACUUUUUCUCUUUAG